CACCUUUUGCCUCGCAUCACCACACACGCUCACACACACUCCCCCCCCCCUCAACAAGUACGUCUACACAACCCAGAGUGAACGGCUCUCAAUCAUUCUCUUCCAAUUGACGCAGCAAGAAAGUGCGCCCUGAACUGAUAGACCGAAAACUAUUCUUGCCCCCUAGACACACUUCCAUUCACCCACAGCAGACAUGUCAUUCAACAAGGCACUGAACGACGAGGAGGUCUUCUCUGAAAUGAGAAAGAUGGUCGCCUUCAUCAAGCAGGAAGCUCUGGAAAAGGCGCGUGAGAUCAAGGUCAAGGCUGACGAAGAAUUCAACAUCGAGAAGGCCAAGCUUGUUCGUCAGGAGGCCAUCAACAUUGACGCUGCUUUCCAGCGCAAAGUCAAGCAGGCUGAUGUUCAGCGACGAAUUGCCCAGUCCAACAAUAUCAACAAGUCGCGUAUGAAGUUGUUGUUGACUCGUCAGGAGAUGCUCGACAAGCUGUUUGCAGACACAAGGAGCCAGCUCUUGGCGAUUGCCAAGGACACCAAUCGCUACGAAAAGUUUGUGUCUGAUGCUCUUGUUCAGGCUUUCUUCCGCUUGCUGGAAUCAGAUGUUACCGUUCAACACCGCAAGGCAGAUAAGGCAACGAUCGAGAAGUUGCUGCCUGAUGUCAAGAAGCGCUAUGAGGAGGCCACUAAGCAGACGAUCAACGUUGAGCUAUUGGAAGAUUACCUGCCCGCUGACAGCGCCGGAGGAGUCAUUGUCGCUGGAAACGGUGGACGCACCAAGUGCAACAAUACCCCCGAGGCACGCCUCGCUAUUCUCGAAGAAGAUAUGUUGCCUGUUGUCAGGGACAUGUUGUUUGGACAGUCGCCCAACCGCAGGUUCUUCAACUAAACUGGAGCAACCGCUAGACACCAUACUUACCAACGAUGUUGAUACUACUCCCUUUAUCUCGAUGCGAGGCUGAAUUACAAAAUAUCUACACAGAAUAAAGACAAGCAUAUUCAGCCAACACAA